UGGAAGAUUGUAUUCGGAUUUAUUACUGAAUAGAUAUUACAAGCAAGCGUGCUUUUGUUGGGGGCAAUAUUUCAAACCUUUCGGCGUAAAAAAACAGAAUUUUAGCGGCUAACUCUGUUAGCAUUUACCUCAGCACACUGAGGUACAACCGGUGUAACCGUUGUAGCUUUUGAGCGGCUAACUCUGUUAGCAUUCUCAUUCACCUCAUCACUUGGAGCCUCUCUUUCAAACGGAUUUCUGAAUAUAUCACUUUUAAACCAAGAUUUUUGGUUUCUCUUGGAACUCAAGGGGUAAAAAUUCUCCUUGAAACUUUACUCCUCCUCACAGUAAACUGUACAAACUCGUACAGGUUGUUGGUUCAUUUUGAUCUUCUUUCGCAUGAUGCACCAGCAGGGCUCACUUGUGUCGCCUAUUCUGGGCGGUGUGCUGUGUCAGUGCCGCUCGGAGGAGUAUCGCCUUUCCGACCCAGGCGGCGGGGUUAGUGGUGUUGAUGUUGGGGUUAGUACUCUGACCAAAGACGAGCCGCAUGUCUGCGAGCAGGAGCAUCGCCUCAAGGUCCUGUUCCAGAUCCUGGACGUGAACCGAGACGGAGGAAUCUGUGUGAAUGACCUGACUAUCGGCCUGAAGAAACUCGGGCUCCAUCGCACCGAGCAUGACCUUAGAAAAAUUGUGAAAGCUGGUGAUAAGGACCUGGAUGGCCAGUUGGACUUUGAGGAGUUUGUCCAUUAUUUGAGGGACCACGAAAAGAAGCUACGACUGGUCUUUAAAAGUCUGGACAAGAAGAAUGAUGGUCGCAUCGAUUCACAGGAGAUCAUGCAGUCACUCAGAGACCUGGGGGUCCACAUCUCAGAGCAACAGGCUGAAAAAAUCCUCAAGAGCAUGGACAAGAAUGGGACAAUGACCAUUGAUUGGAAUGAAUGGCGGGACUACCACCUGCUUCAUCCUGCAGAGAACAUCCCCGAGAUCAUCCUGUACUGGAAACAUUCAACAAUAUUUGAUGUAGGAGAGAGUUUGAUGGUGCCCGAUGAGUUCACGGCAGAGGAGAAGAAUACGGGGAUGUGGUGGCGCCACAUAGUGGCCGGAGGUGGCGCUGGCGCAGUGUCACGUACCUGCACAGCUCCCCUGGAUCGACUCAAAGUUCUCAUGCAGGUGCACUCCUCUCGCAUGAACACCAUGUGCAUUGCUAGUGGUUUCUCUCAGAUGAUCCGUGAAGGUGGUGUUCGGUCACUGUGGAGAGGCAACGGCAUCAACGUCCUCAAGAUCGCGCCUGAAUCCGCCAUCAAGUUCAUGGCCUACGAGCAGAUAAAGCGACUGAUUGGCAGCAAUCAGGAGACACUGGGCAUUCUGGAGAGGCUGGUGGCAGGAUCUCUGGCUGGUGCCAUAGCGCAGAGCAGCAUCUACCCAAUGGAGGUUCUGAAGACUCGACUAGCCCUAGGAAAGACGGGUCAGUACUCCGGCAUAGUGGACUGCGCCAAAUACAUAUUUAAGAAAGAGGGUUUAGCAGCGUUUUACAAGGGCUACAUCCCCAACAUGCUUGGCAUUAUUCCCUACGCUGGAAUAGACCUGGCUGUCUACGAGACUCUAAAAAACUCCUGGCUACAGAGAUAUGCCACAGACAGCGCAGACCCUGGCGUGUUUGUCCUGCUAGCUUGCGGCACCAUGUCCAGCACUUGCGGCCAGUUAGCCAGUUACCCUUUAGCCCUGGUGAGGACGCGCAUGCAAGCUCAAGCAGCUACGUUGGAAGGAGCACCUCAGAUGUCCAUGAGCAAGUUGUUCAGACAUAUUGUGCGUACGGAAGGUGCGACGGGGCUCUACCGAGGCCUGGCGCCCAAUUUCAUGAAGGUCAUCCCUGCAGUCAGCAUCAGCUACGUGGUGUACGAGAAUCUAAAAGUCACACUGGGUGUCCAGUCCCGGUGAGGGACUGCCAGAUCAUUUCUUUCAGAAUUUUCUUUUUUUGUUGUUGGGAUGCAAAAUGGACCUGGCGCUGAGGAUAGAAAGGGACAGGCAAUCUUGGGUGGCGAGACCUGAGGUUUGUGUUGAUGUUCUCAUUCUGUGAAUGCCAGAGGGACCAAGGAGGGUAGGAACAAAGAACACUAAGAGUCUAAACCAGAAGGUGGACAUGUGUUCUUACACCCAGGAAUCGUACAUCUUUCUACAAUUCCUCGACUGUAGUAUCCUGUUUCACUACGGACCAAGAAGAUGCACCGUUGUUUGUGGUACCUUAAGGAGACUUUAGCUGCUCAUUCGUGCUUUAUUUUAAUCUAGUAGGUGGCAGUGUUGAAUAGCCAAGGGCUUAAGACCAGCGCACCAAAUCCUACCCUCCGGUCCAUAUAUUUAAGCACUACAUUUAUCAUCAUCUUACUUAAUUUUUUAAGAUAGUUCAGGUGUUAUUCCCCACAGACCCUCCAGUUUCCUUCACAAACAAAAAACUAUGUAUGUAGCAGAUCUAUGAAGAGAUAAAAUGACUUUCAUUUCAUUUUGAAGCAUUUUUAUUUCAAAGCCCAUUAUGUUUGUUUUUUAUUAGUUUGUUAAUGUUAUAUAUGCUGUAAACAUCUAUUUAUUUAAUUAUAAGAAGUUAGAAAGAACAUCUAAGCAGCAGAUAUAAUACUUUAAUGUGGUUGGCUGAAAAGUCUUUUUUUUUUUUUUUUUGUUUACCUUUAUCACACACUUGGUAAUUGGCUUCAGUUACAAAUCACAUUCACUAAUCUUGAUGAAGAACAGGGUUAGGUUAAAAAAAAAGUCUCAUGUUUUAAUGUCAAUGCUAUUUUUCCUGUAUUGGGGUGGAAUAUAUCGGGGGGAAAAAUCCAUUCACCACCUGAUGGGAAUCGAGUCCCUUCAGUUUUCAAAUCAAUCGAUUCAGAAUCAAGUUGCUGUUUUGCACCUUAUGUGAUUGCUGUUGCAUUUCGUUUUCACUCGGUGUUUGUGCACGAUCAUGUCUCAUGUUCUUAUUGUGUUUUGUGAACAGAAAUGGCAUCAUUCAGGGGGGAAACCUCAGGAAAUUUUAAGGUUAUCUAUGAUAUGCUCACUUGAAACUUUAGACUGAAUGAUGCCACAAUGAGAGAGAUUUUUAAUCCUGGAUUCAGGUUGUAAGAAGGCUGAAAGGGAAGUGCAUUGUAGAAAAAGAUGGACUAAUGCUCCGCUGCAUGGUUCAGGGGCAUCGCCUUUAAUUAAAUGUUCUCGCCACUUCAAGAUUAAACACGUUUGUUAAUAAUCAAACGUUAGACAAAAAUUCACCUCAGAAUAUUCACCUGUCUUCAUAAGUGGACUAAACUGGAAGAGUAUCCUCCCUCCCCAUUAACUUCUUCCUCUUGUCUGUAUGCAUGUAUGUGUGGUGUAGAAAUGUGUUUAUUUGAUAAAGCAGAAUACGGAACAUGGCUUUAACAACUUUGCCUCAUAGUAGAUGCUUCUGCUUCUGUUGCAUUUUGCACUUUUCCCUCCCUGGAGGCAACCUGUAUGUUAGAAUUGAUUGCUUAAUUGACAGAUUGUGAGUUUUAUACAACAUUGAAUUGAUGGUGUACUUCAGUAUUACUACCAAGACACUCGUGUACAAGAAACCACACCAUUAACACACUGCCUAAUGUGUAUCCUGUGUGUAGAGCCUUAUGUUCAGCAGCCACUGUCUGGUAGACUUUAUUAAUAUGUACUGCUUUUGCAAAACUGGAAAAUGUGCUAAAAAGCUGCUUUAAAUCUAAGGAAGUGUAUGAGGAUGCGUUUAAACAACUGGAUAAGAAUUUUUUGUUUUACUGCUUGAGAUGCACUAGUAUAAAGGCAGUGACUGGGCUACAUGAGUUUGCUGUUUACAAGUUGAUGUGAAGAAAAACCUUGGAUGCAAAUCUGAUUUAAAAAAAAAAAUGGGGUAAUUCUACUGCAAGGUGUAUAUUAAACUCUGAACUGUAUGUUAAUAUCUGUAUCUCAAGGCUAACAUGACCCAGUGCUGAAAUGUCAUAAUCAAUACAAAUGUGUACUGGAGUCUGUGUUGUCCAUGACCGGAUGCCUAAAGUGAAUGAAUGCAGAAUAAGUCUAUUUAUGUUUAUAUAAGAACAAAGUUAAAUAAAGAUAUUCUUAUUUCUAUUAAA